UGACCGGGAUCAUCGAUGAACGCUCUAGCGCGUGACAAGCCAGAGGGAGACAAGUCGAGCUGAUCUGCUAACUCUUGGAGGAUGUCCUCGUGGCAGAUGCGCUGAACCUCGAGGAUCUGAUCUCGAUGUUCCUCAAAUCCUUCGAGCAAGCUCUCAUAUUUGUCUGAGAUCGCUCGGGCUUGACGGCCCAGCACACCACUGGUCAUCUCAGCUGCUGUAGAUCGUCUAGGGUCAUCCUUGGAGUCUCGCCGAUCCGUCGUCGACAGUGCCGCCCUUGCCGCGGUGGCAUCACGUCAAAAGUUUGACUUGGGUCUUGCGAAAAUCGUCAGAGGGGCAAGACAAGUCGCAAGCCGCAAGCCUCAGAAUGGACGACGGACGAGGGAGCUAUGACAGCGGGCGGUCGCACAGACGCUACGACGACUACGCGAGGUCUGGGGAGGAUGAUCGGAGCAGCAGCAGGUACAGAUCCUCCAGAGAUGACUCUCGCUCGGCCUACUCUCGCUCUAGGGACGACGAUCGCUACGUUGUCCCUACGACGUCAUCUUCUUCCUCAUCUCGAAGGGAUGACUAUGCUCCCCGUUCGAGCACAACAGCAACGACGACGAGCGCUUCGUCAGACUACCGUCGCAGAGACUACGACGACCGUCCUCGCCAUGAAGAUCGUCCUUCCCGCGGAGGUGGCUAUGGUGGUGGCUACGGUGGAGGAGGAGGUAGAGGUGGCGGACGUGGCGGGUUUGGUGGGAAUAGACGUUCACCCCCGAGAGAGGAAGUGAGAGAAAAGACGCCAGAGAACACGAUCCCCAUCUCCAAGCGUCGCCGUGCUCAGACUGCAUGGGAUGUGAGACCCAUCGGCUUUGAGACCGUCUCUGCAGAGACUGCAAGGAUGUCAGGUCACUUCUUGCUGCCGGGACAGAACGGCGUUGUCAGGUUCCCUCCUGGCUUCCACGAAGGCAGGGGAGCUUUCGGCGGAUUGAACAUGUCUGGAGCAGGCAGCGCGGCAGCCCCCAUGGGCGGCGUACAGCCCAUCAUCUCGUUCGCCCGCCAACAGCGACGACUCUAUGUGGGCAACAUCAUGCCCACAGCCGACGAACAGAACGUUACCGAAUUCUUCAAUGCCAAGAUGAGAGAGAAUGGCCUGUCGCUCGACGACAAGAAAGUCGACGUUCAGACUGCCGACCCUGUCGUAUCUGUCCAAGUCAACCAUGAAAAGUCGUAUGCGUUCGUAGAGUUCCGAAGCCCAGAAGAAGCUUCGUCUGCCAUGUCGUUCGACGGCAUCGUCUUCCAAGAUCAGCAGCUCAAGAUCCGUCGUCCCAAGGAUUAUACGGGCGACGAGUCCGGCGGAACUCACCUGCCAGGCGUCAUCUCCUCCAACGUACCCGACACACCCAAUAAAGUGUUCGUGGGCGGUCUGCCGAGCUACUUGGACGACGAGCAAGUGCUCGAGCUUCUGUCUUCCUUUGGCGAGUUGCGCUCAUUCAAUCUGGUCAAAGAGGGCCCACAGAAUGCCUCAAAGGGCUUCGCAUUCUGUGAAUACGCCGAUCCGAACGUGACCGACGCGGCUUGUGCUGGUCUGAACGGCAUGGAGAUUGGCGAUCGCUACCUCGUCGUUCAGCGGGCGCAAGUCGGUGCCAAUGUCUACAAGCACCCUGGUGGCUACGGGGGUAGCAAUCCUGCUCUGCCGCCAGCACUCGCUCGGGUCGCUCCCACCAUCUUUGGACAAGACGAGACGGCUCCCGCUACGCGAUGUCUUCAGAUGCUUAACAUGGUCACACCGGAAGAGCUGGUCGAUGACCAAGAUUAUGCAGACAUCAACGAAGACAUCAAAGACGAGUGCAGCAAGUACGGCGAGGUCAUCGAUGUCAAGAUACCCAGACCUAUCAAGACUGAGAAUGGCCGGAUGGACGUCAAAGCGAGUGAAUCGGUCGAACAUCUCGGCAAGAUCUUCGUCAUGUUCGACUCAACAGAAUCAUCCAAAAAAGCCAUUGAUGCCAUCGCGGGCCGUCAGUUCGGCGGUCGGCUGGUCAUCUGCGCUUAUGAGAAAGAAGAGACUUUCCUGUAAAGCUCUGUACAUGCAAUCCACCCCACAACAUGCGUGUUCAUAGCCUCACUUUGUCCGCCCUCGUUUCUCCUCGUCCGCUUUGAAGGCAGCCUGUAUCUCCUCCCAGUCCUGAG